UUAUGUGUAAGGUUUAGUAAAGCGAAGAUACACCAGUUGACUAAAUAUGAUGUGUAGGCGCGUAUAUAUCAAAGCCAUCGUGCUUUGUGUACAUAUUGCCACGUUACAAGCCGACUUUGAGCUAAAUAUUUUGCACACUAACGACGUCCACUCAAGAGUUGAAGAAGUAAACAAAUAUGGCGGAGUUUGCUCUCCUAAAGAUAAAGCGGAUAAGAAAUGUUUCGGAGGAGUGGCCAGGAGACAUAAAUUAGUGGCUGACAAAAGAGCGUCUGAAAAGAAUGUUAUUUUAUUGGACGGUGGUGACCAAUAUCAAGGCACACUAUGGUUUGGUGUGUACAAAGGUACAGCUGCUGUGACGUUUAUGAAUAUGACCAAAUAUGAUGCUAUGACGCUAGGAAACCAUGAAUUUGAUAACGGCCCCGAAGGAAUCAUACCGUUUAUCGAAGCAGCAAAUUUCUCAAUUGUGUCUUGUAACAUCGAUGUUAGUGUAGAGCCAAAAUUCACAAAUAGUAAAGCAAAUAUUACAAAGUCAACAGUGAUUACAAGAAGUGGAAAAAAGAUUGGAGUCAUUGGCUACAUUACACCAGAAACUGCUUGGUUGUCUGCACCUGGUCCUAAUGUCAAAUUUGGGGACGUCAUUGCAUGUGUACGAGAAGAAGCUCAACGACUGAAAAAAGAAGGAGUAGAUAUUCUAAUAGCAUUAGGCCAUGCUGGAUUUGCUACUGACAAGAAAGUGGCAGAAGAAAUAGAUGAACUUGACGUGGUUGUGGGCGGACAUACGAACACCUUUUUAUACAACGGUCCGGCUCCUUCUGUUGAAACGGUUGAAGGAGCCUAUCCUUUAGUCAAAUCUCACAAGGAUGGCACAAAAGCCUUGGUUGUGCAAGAUUUUACAUACGGAAAAUACAUGGGUCAUCUUAAAGUUAUAUUUGACGAUAAUGGAGUAGUGAAAUCAUACGAAGGAAAUCCCAUUUUAUUGAAUGGUUCAUACGCAGAAGAUCCAGUCGUCCUGGCAUUAGUACACGAGAUGGAUGACCGAAUUUUGAAAGCAAGAACAGAAGAAAUUGGAAAAUCAUAUGUGCAUUUAGAAGGUGGCAAACCUGAUUGUCGUGUCAUAGAUUGCAACUUAGGCAACCUUGUAACGGAUGCAAUUGUUCGAAUGAAUCAAAAAACACCUGAUGAUGGGCAAUGGGCCACUGUUGCCAUUGGUUUGUGGAAUGGAGGAGCGCUAAGAUCGUCUAUCAGCAAAAAGAGACACGAGCCAAUAACAUAUGAAGAUAUUCAGAAUGUAAUGCCCUUUGGCAAUACCGCAGAUAUUGCGAAUAUAUCUGGGCAGGUGCUGAGGCAAGCUUUGGAGUAUGGUGUCUCGGAUGUCGAAAACAAUAAUGGACGAUUUCUGCAAGUGUCAGGACUCCGUGUCAAAUACGACAAAAGCAAACCUACAGGAAGCCGAUUACAAGAAGUCAGAGUAGUAUGUAUUGAAUGCAAGCAUCCAAAAUAUGAAGAAUUAAACGAUGACAAGUAUUAUACUAUAAUCACUUCAACAUUCCUAUUAAGAGGAGGGGACGGAUUUACCAUGUUAAAGAACGUUUCAAGGUACCCAGGUGAAUCGGCUGUUGAUCUAGUACGUCGGUAUAUCGAGCAAGAAACUCCCAUUAGCAUCACCUCAGAAGACAGGGUGCAACAAGUUGUGGCAAGAACUGAACCUGGUUGCACAUCAGCAGGACUGCAUACAAAGAUGUCGGUGAUGAUAAUGCCUUUGGUUUUUGGAGGAUGGUGGCUAAGCUUCGGAGAUUAAGAAGCCACAAUCCUGGACAAAUAUUUAUACAAUAUUUAUCUGAACAGCCCUGGAUUUUAUGCUUUGUUAUUGUCAAAGUUUCGCAGGAAAAACUAAUAAUGGUUAUAAAAAUCUAAUUUUUUUGCAUUUUUCGAAAUUUGCGGUUAGAAAUAGUGAAUUUUGCAGGAAUUAUUAUUUAAAGUUUACAAAAAGCACUGUGAUUUUUGCAGAAUUACUUUAUGUUUCGAGAAACAAUAAACAGAGAAGCAAUGUUCAUAUGGAUACAUUAACUCUUUGUACUUUUGAAAGUUCUACCUAAAGCAAGUUUCUCACAAGGUUUGUUUAAAAUGCAAUGUUAAUGUGGCCACAAGAUGAGUGUUAGUGACUUACACGAAAGUCAAGGUAAUUAAAGUGAAAAAGUUUAUGAGCACUCUCAGAAUAUAAACAACACCUUAAGUCAGGGGUUUUUUCAGGCAUUUUUAUAUUUCGAUAACAAAGGUGAUAUUUUAGAUGACUUUUGCGAUACUAGCACUUACCAUGCCAUUAAAUCCAACCCCGUCCCCGGGACAUCUCGUAUUUUUUCUGACCCAGGGACGGCGAUACGAACAUGACCCUGGAGGAGGCUGGUCCGAUAUGAAACUUGAUUUCUGCAUAUUUGCAGUCAGUUGGAAAUUAGUCUUGAUUAGACAUGACAUGAAAAAUUGUUUCUGUCAUAUUUUUGGUGUUGACCAAGUAUUUGUUCAUUCUUGGUGUUUACCAAACACAUUGUUCUUGUUGCUGCACUGCAUAAGUUAGGCAUAAACUUUACCAGUAAGUUUCUAUUUAUUAUUAGAUAUUAUAUAAUUUAUAUAGUGAUAUUUUGUUGCAUUUUCUGGUCACACUUGGCUAUAGUUUGUUUUGGUCAGCCAUUUUGCCACACCCCUUUUUUGGGCUGAUUAAAUUUUAGUUGUGGUUAGUGUGACCAGCCCAUUUUUGUUUUCUUUGUGUGUGUGUUUCCACCCAAUUGCUUUUGUUUGUUUUUCUAUGCUUAUUGAUUCUUUAUAUUAGUUAGUUCUGUAUAAUUAUUUUAGCCGUUGAAAACAAGUACGAGUUAUGUUAAAUUGUGUCGCUUACUUUGACAGCAACAGACAGUGGCGCGUGGACUUGUGGUUACGGAGUUCGCUUCGUAAUCACAAGGUCCGUGGUUCAGUCCUCAUGCCAUGUGUGGGAAAUUGGGUAGGUACGACCGGUGUAUACUUAAUGUACACAUUCCGAACACAUGACCCACAUUGAUAACAGUGUUUCCAACAUUGAAGCGGCUAUAACCUAUACACAUAAAUAUUCGGAACAACAAUAAUACUAAUAAUGCACAUUAAGCCGACCUAAUUCAAG